GGAUUUUGGAGCUCUCUGAGGCCGGAGUUGGGCUCCGAGUGGACCCCGGGGGGGUUCCCUGGGAUCCCCCAUCCAGGACCCGCCCGUGUCCCUGUCCCUCCCCUGUCCCCAUCCCCCAGCACAGCCCUGGCCUCUCCUGGCCCAUUCCUUGUCCCAUUCCCUCACUCUCCCUGUCAUUCCAGGACGGAGCGGAUGACAGAGGAUGUGCUGGCCAUGUCCCUGUCCCAUUCCCUAUCCCAUUCCUGACUCUCAUUGUUAAUUCCAGGAUGGAGUGGAUGACGGAGGACACACUGCAUGUUCCCCAUCCCAUUCCCCAUUCCCAUUCCUGACUCUCAUUGUUAAUUCCAGGAUGGAGUGGAUGAUGGAGGACACACUGCAUGUUCCCCAUCCCAUUCCCCAUUCCCAUUCCUGACUCUCAUUGUUAAUUCCAGGAUGGAGUGGAUGAUGGAGGACACACUGCCCAUUCCCUGUCCCAUUCCCCUAUCCCAUUCCCAAUCCCAUUCCCCAUCCCAUUCCUGACUCUGUUUGUAAUUCCAGGAUGGAGCGGAUGAUGGAGGACACGCUGCCCAUUCCCUGUCCCAUUCCCCUAUCCCAUUCCCAAUCCCAUUCCCCAUUCCCAUUCCUGACUCUCAUUGUUAAUUCCAGGAUAGAGUGGAUGACAGAGGACACACUGCAUGUUCCCCAUCCCAUUCCCCAUUCCCUGACUCUCAUUGUUAAUUCCAGGAUGGAGUGGAUGUUGGAGGAGGCACUGCCCCAAUCCCAUUCCCUAUCUCAUUCCCCAUCCCAUUCCCCAUUCCCUGACUCCCCAUGUCAUUCCAGGAUGGAGCAGAUGACGGAGUCUGGUCUGCUGCCCGUGUCCCUGUCCCAUUCCCUAUCCCAUUCCCUGACUCUGGUUAUCAUUCCAGGAUGGAGCAGAUGAAGGAGAAGGCACUGCCCCAAUCCCAUUCCCUAUCCCAUCCCUGACUCUGUUUUUAAUUCCAGGAUGGAGCGGAUGACGGAGGACGCACUGGCCAUGUCCCUGUCCCAUUCCCUGUCCCAUUCUCCAUCCCAUUCCCUGACAUUCCAUAUCAUUCCAGGAUGGAGCAGAUGACAGAGUCUGGCCUGCUGGCCAUGUCCAUGUCCCAUUCUCCAUCCCAUUCCCCAUUCCCUGACUCUGGAUAUCAUUCCAGGAUGGAGCGGAUGACGGAGGACGCACUGCCCGUGUCCCUGUCCCACUCCCUAUCCCAUUCUCCAUCCCAUUCCCUGACUCUGGUUAUCAUUCCAGGAUGGAGCAGAUGACAGAGGCUGGCAUGCUGACCAUGUCCCUGUCCCAUUCCCCAUCCCAUUCCUGACAUUCCCUGUCAUUCCAGGAUGGAGCAGAUGACAGAGGACAUUCUGGCUGUGUCCCUGUCCCAUUCCUGACAUUCCCUAUCAUUCCAGGAUGGAGCAGAUGACAGAGGACAUUCUGGCUGUGUCCCUAUCCCAUUCCCCAUCCCAAAACUCCGUGUUUUUGCAGGAUGGAGGACGCGCUGCGGCUGAACCUGCUGAAGCGGGGGCUGGAGGGGGGUGCUGAUGAGCGGGAGGACAUUCUGGCCAAGCGGCUCAAGGUGGAGGGCCACGAGGCCAUGGAGCGCCUCAAGAUGCUGGCCCUGCUCAAGAGGAAGGACCUGGCGGGGCUGGAGGCGCCGCUCGAGCCCCCCAAGCCCGACGGCCUCAAGGCCUUCGAGGAGAAGCUCAACGGGAGCCUCCGGGCCCGGCCCGGCAAGGAGAACAUCAGCGACGAGCCCGUCGAUAUGAGCGCCAGGAGGAGUGACUCGGAGCGGGGCCGCCUGACGCCGUCCCCGGACGUCAUCGUGCUGUCGGACAACGAGGCCUCGAGCCCGCGCGGCGGCUCCCGCGGGGACGAGCGGCUCAAGGCGGCCAACCUCGACAUGUUCAAGGGGAAGAGCCUGGAGGAGCGGCAGCAUUCCUGCUCAUGCUCUUCCCCUCCCGUUUUCCUGCCAUUCCCG